UGUCAUUUUGCGACCGAAGACGAUGCAAAACAGUGAUGGAUGACUAAGUUCUAUACAGUUGACUGCAGAACGUAUCCCUGUUUGCUACGUUACCAGGUUUCCGGGACUCACAGUGUGGUUCUUGCAGAGAAGGGAUGUACAGGAAGUUAAUCUAAUUCAUUGUAUGCAGAUCCCGACUUUUGUUUGAUUGGGCAGUUCAGAUCAAUCCUGUCCCUAUCUCAUACCCUUACUUAGAUAGUUAAACAGAUGCCGCAGUAUUGGCAGUGAUUAAUGACUAAAAUAUCGAUACAAAAUUCACCAGAAUUCAAUACGAUCUGGAAGCGCUGAAUUUCAUUUCCAUGUUUUUGUAUUUCUUGAGGAAAUAUCAAUGUAUUCGAUUACGGCACAUUUAUUCACAUAAAAACGAAUGUCGUGUCGACUAAAAUCAAAUAUGACAGGAUUGCCGAUAUCAAAUAAGUUAUAUCAUUCACUUAAAUCGCGAGGAAUUUUCUUUGGGAGGAAAGACAAUCUAUCAAUUAUUGGAACUAAACAGCUGAUGGUCUUUAAAGUUGAAUGAAGUCUGAAUCGCUUCACUGAUUGGUGGAUACCUCGUCACGUGACCGCUGAGUAGGUCGAUGGUGGAGAUGAUUUGAGUUAUCAUAAUAUGACACAUAGAAGGGGGAAUGAAAUAAAUUUCAGCAACAGAGACAUGCACAAAACCGCGUUUUAUAACCACCCGGCCGUGUUUCAGAAUUACUUCCCCGGCGAUACAAAUUACGCUUACGAUGUUCCAUAUGGGCAAUCAAACAUGUCUCCGCAUACAGGAGAUUUCUACUCCCAGCCAUCGUGCGCAGUGCAAAACAACAGUAUACCAUCUCCUAGUGGACCCUACAACGCCCAAUACACAAGCUCAGAGGGGUUCUCCAACCACUUGACCGGAGUGGGCAGUCCGAAUACUGCUCCUUAUGGAAACAAAGGGGAAAUUUAUCCGUGGAUGAAAGAAUCGCGACAGAACUCGAAACAACGCCAAACAGCAGCUCAGCAACAGCAACAACAGCCACAACAGCAACCUCAGCAAAACCAACAGUCACAGGGACAGCCAGGACAGACUACACAGCCGCCGGGACCUGAACCAACCAAGAGAGCACGGACGGCAUAUACCAGCGCCCAGCUUGUGGAGUUAGAGAAGGAGUUUCACUUCAAUCGCUACCUCUGUCGUCCACGACGGAUUGAAAUGGCGGCGCUAUUGAGUUUGACGGAAAGACAGAUCAAAAUCUGGUUCCAGAAUAGGAGGAUGAAGUUUAAGAAAGAGCAGCGCCAAAAACCGCAUUCCGACAAGUGUAAACACGACGGGAACAUAUCCGGAAGUGAAAGUGACAGUCAAGGGUCAGCUUCAGGAGACAGACUUGCUAGUGAUUGUGGGAAGUUGAGUCCGGAUGACCUGGUGCAUCCCCAAUCACCACAUGGUUUGCAUUCCGUAAUGAGUGCGCAUAACACACACACGAACCACAAAACACCGCGUUCUCCACAAAUCUCGUGCCAGAGCUUACGAAACCAGUACCUCACCGAAAAUACCAACCAUUACUUCCGGGAACAGGCCUCACCACGUCAGACACAGUCAAUAUCCCCACCGCAUUAUAACGACAUGUACCAGCAUUCACAACAUCCGGUUUACAACCAUCUCCCUCCCGAUAAUUCAGGAUACCCUGCUUCGGGUCCAUACAACGCCAACAGUCCCGUGUAUCCUGAUUUACCUCCCAUCAGUGCUCAACUGGAGCCGGGGAAUUCCCACCAUUUUUCUUCCAACAUGGGAUAUACGGCAGGGAUUCCAAAUUCUAAUUGUUAUUCUCAGGGUUCUUAUGACUAUGUGCCAAAAUUGACACACCUGUAAUAUUUGUAGAAUAUUGAAAUUUUUGUUAGAUCUUGUAGUGUCUUCAAAAAAUGUUGAAAAAUGACGGAAGCUUACUUUUGAUAAACUGCUUUGUAUGUUUUAGUCCGUUAGUCUGGAAUAAUUUCAUCAUCUGGAGACAAGUGCAAAGUUAAGAAGUUGCAGAUUUUAUUGAGCAAGUUCCAAGUUUUCUUUUCAAGCUUUUGGAUUCUCACAUCUCUGUAUAUCCUGCAAUAAAUCUAAUUGAUUUCACACUAUCAGAAAUCAUGGAGAGUAAUACAGAGAUCGGAAUUAAAUGGAAACGAUAGCCUUAACGACCUGCCGGACUUGACACAUUCUUAAUAAAGUAAUGAUCUUUUAAUAGUGUCCUCCAGCGAUGAAAUAUACAGCUGUAUUAGGAUACUGGUCACUUACAGACAAUGACCGCAAUAUGGUCGACUAUCAACAGCUUUGCCAUGCCGACCACCGCCCGUAAUGAGCUUUGGGCGCAAUAGGACUAUAUGCGCAUGCGAAAUUUUCAGAGAACGUUUUGAAUAUUUUGAGAAGUUGACAAAAUAGAAGAAAUGUAUAUUCUUUCAGUUUUUAUGAACUAGUAUAUAUGUAAGUAAAAUGCAGGGUAAUCUUUGUUAUGACAAACGAGAAUUUCAUAUAUAUAUAUUGUAAUUUUUUCCUUUAUUUGUCCGGUUUUUAUCGUUAACGAGAAGACUUAUUUUACAUGUCUUGUAGAUAUUUCUUGUUUGCAUGCUAAGUGAUAGGAUUGCAGACUAAUAAAAGUUCUGUUUUCGACUACA